UUUUUAAAAAAAAAAACAGCUGAACUUAAGUCAAUGAACUCUGGAGAACAUUUAAUGAUUAAUGACAAUGUAGAUGAUAAAGAUGAAGUUGUUGUAGAACAAAUUAUAAACUGUGUUGACCCUGUGGCAUCUACUUCCAUUGAAUGUAUCAAAGAUGAGUUAGAUUUAAAUUUAAACUAUGAGUACCCAACAGACCGUGGACACUUCAAUAAUGAUAGAGUCCCAGAUAAGAUUAAACGAAGUAUACUGUUGUAUGGACCAUGCAAACCAAAUAUUGAAUUUCCUCAAAAUGAAAAACACAGAAAAUUUUCUUCCGACUAUUAUUUCACAAUGUCUAAAUCUGGUAAUAAAAUACCUCGCACUUGGCUUUGUUAUUCAAUAGUCUUAAAUAAAAUAUACUGUGAGACAUGUUGGCUUUUUUCUGACCGAUUUUACAAACAUUAUAAUGCAACAUGGGUCAAUGGAGUUGAUGAUUGGCAACAUGCCUCGCAAAAAAUAUAUAUUCAUGAUACGUCAGUUCAACAUAUUGAAGCUACUAAAAUAAGAUGCAUAUGGACAAAAAAUCAAGUAAUUGAAAAGGAAUUGGAAAAUCAAAUUUCAGAAGAAGCAGCUUAUUGGAGGAGUGUAUUAGAGAGAAUAAUCAGAAUUAUACUACACUUAACUGCUGGAAAUAAUGCACUUCGUGGUAAUGAAAAAAAAUUUAGCAAGGACAACUCAUUUAAUGAAGGGAAUUUUUUACAGACUGUUCGACUCGUGGCAAAUUAUGAUCAUAUAUUAAGUAAACUUAUAUCUUGUGAAAAAAGUAAAGUCAAGUACCUAAGUCAUACUAUUACUGAUGAACUUAUAAAUAUAUUUCAUGGUGCAGUUGAUUAUGUAAACCUUACUCAAGAUGUUUUAAUAAAACUUGGUUUAAAUAUUAACAAAUGUCGAGGCCAGGGAUAUGAUGGAGCUUCUGUCAUGAGUGGAGCACAUUCAGGUGUGCAAACAAGGAUUAAACAUAUUGUUCCAUCAGCCAAUGCCCCAAGAUGGGCUUUAUUAGCCUUAGGUCAAAAUUUUGGCGAUAAAGUUCAAAAAAAAGUUUUAAAAAAGGUGUGCCCAACCAGAUGGGAGGCUCGGCAUGAUGCUGUGUUUUCGCUCAAAGAACGUUUCAUUGAUGUACUUAAAGCUUUGACUUGUAUGGCCCUUACCAGCAAGAAAACAACUGAACGAACCUUGGCAUCGGGCUUGAAAAGUAAAAUUGAAAAUUUUGAAUUUGUUUUAAUCUUGUGUACUUGGGAACCUAUAUUACGAUCAUUAAGAGUAAUUUCUAAAAAAUUACAAAAUGUAGAUAUGAACCUAGAAGAAGCAUCUAAAAUGCUAAAUAAUGCCGUCAAUUUUAUUCAAGAGACAAGAAAUAGUUACGAUAAUAAUGUACUUGAUAAUGCAAAAUCGCUGUGUUCAAGAUGGGGAAUCCCAAAUAAAUUUGUAGAAAAAAGGGAAUCAUAUGCCAAAAAACAUUUUUAUGACAACUUAAAUGGAGAUAGGAGACUUAACACAACUGAAGAAAACUUUAAAGUUAAAAUAUUUUUCCCUGUGUUGGAUACAGUUUUGUCUCAACUCAUUAGUCGUUUUCAAGAUGUUUUAAGUGCUUGCAUUAUUUUUCUGACAAUGCCAAUCACUGUAGCUGGAGCAGAACGUUCUUUUUCGAAACUAAAACUUAUAAAGAAUUAUUUAAGAAACUCUUGCGGACAAGAACGUUUAUCUAGUAUAGCAAUUUUAAAUAUUGAAAAAGAACGAACCAAAACUCUAAAUAUUGAAAAGAUUAUUGAUAAUUUUGCCAACGCGAAAUCAAGGAAAAAAAAUUUCUCAAAGUAG